AUUGUUAAAACUUUAAUUGAAUCAAAAUAAUUGUGUGAUUUGGGAUCGCAUUGAUGUUUUUUUAUUGGAACAAUUUGUGUACUUAAUUUAUAAGUCUGUUACCAAGGUGAAACUUUGUGUUUGAUAUAUUGUGCCACUACAAUUGAAGUGAUUACAUGACGGCAUCAUAUUAUCUUGUGUGGUAAAUUAAUUAUGUGAAUAUUCUCCUUUCACUGUGUGAGUUGCAACAUCAACAAUGAGUCGUUUUACGACAAAAGGAUUUUCGUACAGUUUGGCAGCUAAUGCAUCGAAUGGGACCGAUGAUGAGGGCUGUAUGCUCUUGAAUACUUCUCAAAACGUCAUUAUAACCGGAGCCUACAACGGAAUUCCUCAAACAUUGAUCCUUAACGUUAUAUCUUGGAUAUGUUUAAUUUUAUUAUUCUCUGUAUUACGACGAACGGCGUGGAAUUAUGGGCGGAUGGCCUUAGUACAGAGAUCGAAAAAUAGAUGGACUAAUUUAUUCUAUAGAGGAGGUGAUGAUGCUGCUUUAGUUGAAAGACGUGCUGAUGAGUCGCUGAAUAUUGAUGAAGGUUUCUUCACGUGGCUGCCGGCUGUGUUCCGCCUCACACGCGAACAAGUCCUUAACAAGUGUGGUCCUGAUGCUGUGCACUACCUUUCCUUCCAGAGACACUGCAUCACACUUAUGUUUAUUGUCACUAUUGUGUCUAUAGGAGUUAUCUUACCUAUAAAUUUCCAAGGUACUAAUUUGCAGGUAGAUGCCAGUACUUUUAGUAGAACAACUCUAUCAAACUUAAACGGCAGAUCUUAUUGGCUAUGGGUUCAUACUCUGAUAAGUAUCUCAUUUUUACCAAUAUCAGUAUUGAUAAUGAGAAGAUGUACAGGCAGAAAACCUGUUCCAACAUGUAUGACAGGCACUAUUAUGAUAACAAACAUAUCAAGAGCUGAUCGAAAUGAGGCUACAUUGAGGGCAUAUUUUGCUCACAAUUUCCCAAACAUACAAAUUGUAGAUUUACGACUAGCUUACAAUGUAAAUAAACUUAUUGAAGUUUAUGAAAAGAAAGAUAUGGUCACUGAAGCACUUAUUUAUUCUGAUACAUACUUUAAAAAGACAGGUAAAAGAAUAAUGGUGAAGCCCAAACUUUUUGGCCCUGAAGUGGAUGCUUUAGAAUUUUAUACAAACGAAGAGAAAAGGUUGAAAGACGAAGCUAAACGAUGCAGAGCAAUAGUACUUAAUGAUCCAUUAGGUGUUGCUUUUCUAACACUCCCUUCUUAUCAAUUAGCUGAACAUGUUAUUAAUCAUUUUAGUCUUCACCGAGGCUGGGUUCUGUCUCAUGCAACCAAUCCUUCUGAUAUCAUUUGGGACAAUUUGAGUGUAAAGCCUGGUGUAUGGUACAUUAGAGCUGUAAUUGUCAAUCUUUGUCUAUUCGUUGUUCUUUUCUUCUUGACAACACCCGCAAUUAUAGUAAAUCUCUUUAACACAGUUGUAGUUAAACCAGAUAGUGUCAGCAAAAUAAGUAGCCUUAUAUUUGACUUUCUUCCUACACUCCUACUGUGGACAAUGGCGGCUGUGAUGCCAGCCAUAGUUUCGUUCUCUGACAAGUUUUUAAAUCACUGGACUAAAUCCCAGCAAAACCACUCUAUAAUGACAAAGACUGUGUCCUUCCUACUUCUCAUGACCUUAAUAUUACCAUCUUUGGGUCUGGCUAGCGCAGGUGCUUUUGUUGAUUGGACAUUGCACCACGAGAAUGAUACAAUGCGUUGGGAUUGUGUUUUCCUACCUGAUAAGGGUGCAUUCUUUGUAAAUUAUGUAAUCACAUCCGGCUUUAUUGGUACAUCCCUCGAGUUAAUACGUUUCCCUGAACUAUUUUUGUAUGUGUGGUAUCUUUUACAAUCUAAGUCAAAAGCUGAAAAGAGUUACGUAAAGAAAGCAAUUUUGUAUGAAUUUCCAUUCGGUGUCCACUACGCUUGGAGCUUAGCUAUCUUCUCGAUCAGCAUAGUAUACAGUCUUGCUUGCCCGUUAGUCGCUCCAUUUGGUUUGAUCUACUUUUUAUUCAAACAUAUCGGCGACAAACACAAUUUGUAUUUCGCGUAUGGACCGUCCGACAUGAGCGGUGUCGGCGGGGGCCGCAUCCACGCGACCGCCGUGAGACUUAUUCGCGUUUCUGUGUUACUCUUGCUUAUAAACAUGGCGGCGUGGGCCGGACUGCGGGCAGGCUUCGAGGCAAGAACCAUAAUAUUGAUAAUGGCAUCUGUGGUCGCCUUCGGAACUUUCGUUUUGUUGAGUCCUUUCCCGAGCUGCACGCCGCCGCAGCCCUUGCAGGAAGAGUCUAGCGUGCGGCCACAGGAGUACAUAGCCCCCGUGCUCUUGAGACCUGUCGAAUCUCCUCCUACUUCGGCAUCCUCGACUCCGGAUUAUGGCGCCUCCUCCCCCGUAAUAAAUCUUUCCUACAACCAAGAGCCUAUCAACAUCUAAAACAAAUUUCUUAUAUUAUACUUUAUAUCAAAGAUCUUUAUGCGUGUCCAUUUCACGGGCCGAAUAUGUUUUGAUAAUCUGAAUGUAUUUUGAUAAUGAUUGUAAAAUGAAUUACACGUAAAUUAAGCAAACAAAGAAAAAUAAUUCUUUAUUUUAGAACUACUUAUGUAUAUUUUUUUAAUUAUUCGUAACAACUGAGUCUGCGAGAAUCUGAUAGCAACUCAUUUAUUGAAUAAGGUAAAUAUAAUUUAUAUAUGUUAUUAUAGUGUGAUUUAAUAAUUUUGAUAUAUUUCAUAUUAUGUUAUAGUAUUAAUCUUACUUAUUUCUGCCUGUGUUUAAUCAAAUAACAUUGUUUAUCUAAAUGGUAUAAAACAAUUCUACUAAUCUGAUAAUGCUGACGAUGAUAAAGCUUUGAGAAUUAAUCGAUUUUGUGUGAAAUUCGAUAACAUUAGCAAUGAGCAAUUAACUUCCAUAAGGGCCAUGGUUCAGUUUGACAUUAGGUCGCAGUACGGACACCUACCAAUGAAAUUACAUAAUACGAAAUUUCUACACAGAAUCUUAUUAGGUAUUUGUCAAAUUAUUACAAUAAAAUCUAGUAGGUUACUUUUUGGUAAUCUAUAUCCAACUGUACUAGAAUCGAUGUCUAUGUUUACACUUUCAUUUGAAGCAUAAUAUUUUUUACAGUAAUUCUAGUCUUUGCAUUCAUAAUAAUGUCUAAUAUAGUUUUUACUUUAUAGUAUUAUUUUAUUUUUAAUGUAUUAGAAUAUUUUAGCAGUGUUUUAAUGAAAUAUAAUUAUCUUAUCGAUCAAUUUUCUCUGAUUAAAAAUUAAUACGAUAUAUUAUUGUAAGUUAUUUUUUAAAGCUGGAUUUUUUUACAAUGAUACCGAAAUGGAAUGUCAUUAGUUUAUGUCAUAGUGGGAAAACGAAAUAAAUUCUGUCACAGAGUAAACUUGUUUCUCGAUUUGCAAAAGACCAUAGCGGAGGUAAUUAGCUGUGUGGUGAAGAAUUUCAACUAUUUGUAUAAAAUUCCGACCGUAUUAGUGCAUAAUAUUUUCAUAUUAUAAUGUCAAGGUUAUUCCUACUCACUUAAAAGUAUUCAUUUCAGUAAUUAUUGUCUGUGGUGUAGUAACACUCGAUAGAAAUCGUAUAAUAUGCUUUUCUUUAACUGUUAGAAACACAAAUGGUACUUAUGCAAUUUAUAAAUGUUUAAAUUUGCUUAGUAAUUUACAGAAACUUAUUGCUUAUUUUACUCCUGGUUUCCAAAAAACAGGUCAGGGUCAAUAAUGAACUACAGGAAACCAAUAAGAUAUGUUAUAAUGUAUAUUGCUCUCAAACAAACUAUAAUAAAUUCCCGAUAAUUAUAAUAUUAAUUUCUAUAAACGUAUAUUAUUAUUUAUAUAAACAGAAAAAACGGUAUUUCCACACACACGGAGAGUGAUUGAAAUCGCUAAUUAAUCACUAACACCAAAUGCAUCUUAAGUACCCUUUAGCUAAUCAUGUGCCUUGAGUAAGUUUUAAUAAUUAGUCUUAAUGAUACAGUCAGUCGGAAACCAUGUUUUUUUCUAAAAUGAUGCUUAAAUGCUGAACAUGAUUGUACAUGAUAAAUUCAAUCAAGUUUUUUAAUACUUUUAAUUUACUUGUGUGUUUAACCAAGAGUUAAGUCAGGCCUGAUAUACAUACAGCGAACAAAAUCGCCCUAAAGGAUAAAUAUUUAUGUUUAAUUGAGCUAAAGAUAAAUUUAAAAACUUUAGCUUUUUAUAUAAAACUAGCUGACCCGGCAUACGUUGUUUUGCCAUAUAAAGUAUAAUUCACGCGAUAGUUUUAUAAUAAGUAAUAAAAUAUUGCCUAUAUUAUAGCCUGUACAUCAUUUUGUUCUAUUGUCAAUAGUUUUUGCAGCGCACGCAAAAAUAGGUUUUCGAUUUUACUCCUUGUGUUACAAAAUAGCAAUUUUAUUACGGAUCCCUAAUUUUGAAAAAAAAAACAUAGCCUAUAGCCUUCCUCGAUAAAUGGACUACCCAACACUGAAAGAAUCAUUCAAAUCGGACUAGUAGUACCAGAGAUUAGCGCGUUCAAACAAACAAACACUGCAGCUUUAUAAUAUUAGUAUAGACCAGCUGUCCCGACAGACGUUGUUCUGUAGAUAAUAAAAAAACUGUUUUAUAGGAAUUUGCCAAUAAUUUUUAUAUAACAUCAAGAAUUAUUUCGAAAUGUAUGCUCCUUGUUGUUAUAAUGAAAUUGUUUCACAGCAGAACUGUUAAACCGAGCGUCAAUAAAUUCUCACACAAAAAAUAUGUCCAUACAAAACAAAUAUUGAAAAUAGAAAUAAUUAUGAGUCCCAAAUCGAAAUAAAAACUAUCCUAUCUCUCAAGUUGAACCAAACUGCACUCCAUAAAGUAUUCCCCGUUAAAAUCCGUUCAUUAGUUUAGGAGUCGAUCGCGGACAAACAACGUAAUUUAUAUAUAUUAAGAUAUACUAUGACAUACACUCUUUUGUUUGUGAGUUAGUAGUUCGCUGUCGUUUAUCAGACUUAUAUGGACCCGGUUUUAUUUAAUUGUAACAUGCCAAAGCCUCUAAACACUAAGUUGCGAUAUUAGAAAAUAGGUACCUAAUGGUUCACGCGAAUAUAUUUUCUGUUGUUAUUUUAUUUCAAAGUUUAUAUUAAUAAUAAACUAGUGAAAUUGUUUCAUUCCAAAUAUUAAUUAUAAUAACAUAAAACUGUAUAAGAAAGCCGGAAUAUAAAAAAACAUAUUUUAGAAUUCGCCAACUUGGUUAUGAUUAUGUGCCGUAGCGGUAUAUUCUGUUAACAAAGCUAAUGUUUAUUAUAUCUAUUCGGAAAGCGGAAUAUUCUAAAAAUCUAUUAAUGUCUUUAUGUAUUAAGGCACUUGCUUUCUCAAUAUUAGCUACUUUCUUAUCUAUCUCAAGCCACGUUGCAAAUGUACCUAUAUGGUGCCAAUUUAUUAUUGUACACUAUUUUAUCUUUUAGUCAUUACUAGCAUGGUCAUUCAAUGCAUAAAUCUGUUAAAACUUAGAUCAUUUACGGCCGUUCCCAAUAUUCAGUCUAUCUCUUACUUGAGAUAAAAAUAUCGUAACUAUCGUUGACUUUUCUGUCCCAAUAAACUUAUCGACGGUAACUUACCUUAUCCGUACACGCUGUCUGUCAAUAGGACGACGUAUAAAUUGCUGACUUAUCAGGUAUAUUGGGAUAGCUUCAGAUUAUUGACAGCUAAUUACUGACAGCAGAAGGUAGUAAUUUAUCUCUAUCUGUAGAUAGUAUAUUGGGAACGGCCGUUAUACGUCUAGAUACACUAUGACAGCUGUGAAAACGCUGAAGAAAAUUUGUAUUUAGAACUAACCUCUAUUUUGAGAAAUGCAUGCACACGAACACAAAGUGUCAUACAAAUCGCGAGUGUAAUACGUAGCUUGUCACGCACACUAAACUAAUAUUUGUGGCAUUGGUUGUCUAAGAGCAAGAAACUAUCUAGACGUGUUAAUUAUCUAAGUGUUAAAAAUUGAGAGAGAGAGAACUUAUCAGCACUCAAAUUGGCUGACCCAUAAAAUAUUCUUGGAACAGAAAGAACUCCAUUCUCUGUUAGAAAAAAAAAACAAAAAAUUUGACGUUGAAAUUUAUUAGGUUCACGUUGUAUUCAAAUAUGUCUCGAUUUGAGAAGUAAAUGCUACCUAUUGUAUUAUACAACUUUUGGCACAUAAUGGCAUAUUUUAUCCAGAUUUGUUAAAUAAAAAAUAUAUAAAACAAUGAGAGGAACAACUACUUUAUUUUUACUGUUCUUUUAUUUGUCAUCAUUUAAAAAUAAUUUGUAUAAAUAUUGUAUUGUAAUAUGAAUAAGACAUUAUACAUAUUGACUAAGUACCUACUGGAAAACAAUCCUUGAAAAUAAAAUUGUAUCACAUAUUUUUCAUUACUAAUACAAUGUAAUAGUUACCACAUAUCUACCUAUUUCAUUCUAUGUACGCAUGCCUUAUUCUAAAUAUAAAUGUAAAGUGCAUCAGAGUACGUUCAGAAACAGGUUAAUUCCGGAUUUUCUCCUAGAUACUUUUUUUUUUUUUGGUGGAAACAGCGGGAAACGUCAAUUUGUUCUGCCCCUCGCCUUUGUUCCCCGCCUCUAUGGAUACGUAUAGCUAAAUAUCUAUCGAGUUAAAACCGUUUGCCUCUAAAUUAAUAUAGCUAGCAGUUCUAAAAAAAUAUAACGUGUAUUAAAUUCGUCUGAUGAUUGCUGUAUUUUUUCAAAUCACUUGUAACUAAAAUAUCAUGAAUGACCUGGGAAAAUUUAGUUUAAACCUAAUCGUUCGGUUAAUAUUACGCGAAAUAAGUUUUUUUUUUAAAAAGAAUCUUACGUCGGGUGGUUCUGUUAAUUUCAUUUAGUCUUUAAUUUUUAAUAAUUAUUUUUCACCUUUAUGUACGUAGUGGCAUGUUGCCAGAAUGACUAAUCCUGAUGCACUAUAUCAAUUAUUUAUCAUAAUAUUGUGAUUUAAUAGCUGUAUUAGUUUUUUUUUACCCCUAAAUAAUUUUACACUCGUUAAGCUUUUGUUUCAAUGCAAUGUCAUAUUAUGUUUAAUAAAAUCAUGACUCAUAAA